UGUUCGGUGUGACGAGUGCCACUCAGAAAUCAUGGAGACAGCAGUGAUUGGGAUGGUGGCAGUGCUGUUUGUCAUCACCAUGGCCAUUACCUGCAUCCUCUGCUACUUCAGCUAUGACUCACAGACCCAAGACCCAGCGAGCGGCCCCAGACGUAGCUUCACCGUGGCCACAUUUCACCAGGAGGCGUCGCUCUUCACAAGGCCGGCUCUCCAAUCCCGGCCACUGCCCAGGGCCCAGAACUUCUGGACUGUCAUGUGA